AUGCCCAGCCCUGCUAGUAGGACAGAUGAUGGUAAUGCCAAUGAAACACUGUCAUGCGAUCCUGACAUGGGGGAUAUCCUGAGAGAGUUUGGUGCCUUGAGAGAUACAUUUGGAGCUAUGGAAACCAGGCUGAAGGAAAGUGAAACCCAGAUUCUUGAACUGAAGAACAAAGAAAAAACCAACGUGAUAUUCAGUGCAGCAACAGGAGGAGGAGGAAAUUACAUUGGACCCUUCAACACAGACAUCACUUUAAUCUACAGAACCGUGAUCACAAACAUUGGUGGAGCCUACAGUCCAUUCACAGGUGUCUUCGUUGCCCCGGUGGCAGGUGUUUAUUACUUUACCAUCUUCUUUCAUGCUGGAUUGACUCAUGGCACCAACUUACUUCUUUACAAAAACAAUCAACUAAUGCUCACGACCAGUGAUCACGGGUCGACCUCAGACACAGCUGAUAAUGGAGGAAACGCAGUGUUCCUGCAGCUGAAGCAAGGAGACCAGGUGUACGUGCUCAUGACUGAAAACUCCUAUGUUUGGGGGACUGACCAUCAUACAACCUUCAGUGGUUUUCUGGUCACUGAAAUGUGA